AUGGCCCAGUUUGAUACAGCGGACUUAAAACUGGAACAUCUAUGGGAACAUGACCCCAGAGGCCAUCGCCGUAGCUCCCAGUGUGACAGGCUGUGUGUGUCCGGCACUCACCCCGAGACGGCUGAUACUCCAUCACCCUGCACGUCGCAUCAUUUUGGCCACUACACGCCAAAAUGCCUUCCUAUACACAGGCACCUGCCGUGCUCCGAGGAUGUGUGGCAGGAGGUGAGCUGUAGGACCUCCAUCCAUGCGGAGAAUGAGGUGGAGGCUCACAAACUUGCCAACAACUACAUGUUUGGCUUCAGAAAAUGGAAGAGCCACGUCACGGAGCGUCCCAUCGAGGACCGAUCAGAUGUGGUGAAGGAGUUAUACUCGCAGCAGAACUUCAUCAAACCGCAUGCAGGCUCAGUAGUCACCUUUGGAAAUGUAGUCUAUUCCAUUCUCUUUGGAUGGUGGAUUUCUUUAGCUUAUGUUCUGGUUUGUUUACUGAUGUUUUGCACCAUCAUUGGAAUUCCAUACGGGAAGCUCUGCUGGAGACUGUCAGGAUAUUUGUUGUGGCCCUUUGGGAAGGCGUUACAAAAGACUAGCAUGCCGGCACGCAGGUGCUGUAUUAAAUUCCCCCACUGUGAAGCUAUUCCGGAGGAAACGGAUGACGUGAAGGGGUCGCCGGAGGUGAAGGAGUCUGCUCCUCUGCUGCACCCCCCUCCCUCUGUCAUUACAGAUGUCCCACCCAGUGCUCCACCUCCUCAGAAGAGUCAAUACUGGUGUCGUGCCGGCACGUACGUCUGGCUCCUCCUCGGCUACCUCCCUCUGGCUGCCGUGCACGCCCUCGUCUGUUUCCUCUCCUGGAUGCUGGUGUUCAGCAUCCCCGUUGCGAAGACGAACGCCAGGAUGCUCCACACCGUCCUCCUCCUGCCCCCGGAGGAGAUCCGCCUUCAGACGGUGCAGAAAGCUCAAAGCUGUGAAGCCAGGGUCCUCCUGUGCUGUUAUCGCGCCUUUAACAGGUACUACUACAAAUACGAGGUUGACGGCAUCAACGUCUUCGCUGUCAACCUGCUGUCCCUGGUCAUCGUCACCCUGGUGAUUGGCUACGUGGACCACAACAAUUCUUUUGUCAGUUCUGAGGUGAAGUUUGCCACCACUGUGACCUCCAUCAUCCCCCUGUCUUACUACAUCGGCAUGGGCAUCGCCAGCAUCUCUGCUCAGAGCAACUUUGCGGUGGGAGCGGUAGUGAACGCCACCUUCGGCUCCAUCACAGAGCUGACCUUCUACCUCACUGCCCUGCUGCAGGGCCAGCGGUCUGGGACCAAGUGCCUGGCCGAGAUCGUUAAAGCGGCUCUCACGGGGACGCUGCUGGGCUGCAUCCUCUUUGUUCCGGGUCUCUGUAUGAUCAUCGGUGGCUGUAAGCACAGCGAACAACGAUUCAACAGCCGGUCUGCUGGGGUUAGCUCCGCCCUGCUCUUCAUCUCAGUAGGAGGUGUGUUCGCCCCCACCCUCUUCUCUAAAGCCUACGGGAACCUGGUGUGUGAGAACUGCAGUAAUCUGUCCGGAGACAAAGGCAGCCCAUUCACCUGCACAGCGUGCUACUACGAUCUGACUGAAAAUAACCUCUCCUUGUUCCAGAGUCACAUUGAGCCUCUGGUGUACACGGUUUCUGUGCUCCUCCCUGCUGCGUAUCUGGUCGGCCUGGUCUUUACGCUGAAGACGCACUCGCAUAUCUACGACUUCCACAUCAGCAACGGCCAUGGCCAUGGUGCGUCUACUGUGAUGAGUCACCAUAACCCAGUGGUGCACUGGAGUAGGUGGAGAGCUCUGGCGGUUUUGAUCGUGGCCACGCUCCUAACGGCAGUGUGUGCGGACCUCGCAACAGAGCACAUCACGCCCAUCAUCUCCAGCCGUGCCGUAUCGCAGUAUUUCAUUGGCGUUACUGUAUUGGCCAUGGUUCCCGAGAUUCCAGAAAUUGUUAACGGGAUUCAGUUUGCCCUUCAGAACAACAUCAGUUUAAGCCUUGAAGUUGGAAACUGUCUUGCCGUGCAAGUGUGUAUGCUUCAGAUUCCACUCUUGAUCUUAUUCAAUGCUGUUUAUGACGUUGGCUUUGUUCUGAUCUUCAGUGACCUGCACCUGUGGGCCAGCAUCUUCAGUGUCAUUCUGGUCAAUUACAUCUUCAUGGAUGGGAAGUGUGAUUACUUCCAGGGAACGGCUCUGGUGGUUGUCUACCUCAUUCUACUGGCCCUCUACUUCUUCGCCCCGUCCCCCCGCGGCUGCUGACGGCGAUGUCCUCUCGCCUAUAUUUUGUUUCCUUUUUUUUUUUUUACAGAAUCUGUGAAACACGUCAUUUAAACCCUUUACAGUGCACGUUGGGUGACCUUUUUUCCCCUUUGUACAACAGCUUUUCACCAUUAGUGAAAUGUUUAAGAUUUAAGGUAGUGUUGCAUUUAAUGCCAAAUUAAAAUCUGUGUUCUAUCAAUUCGAGAUGUAGAUCAAU